GGCGGCGGCGCGAUGGCGGCGGGGCAGUGCUGGCGGGCCGGGCUGCGCGCGGGGAGGCGGAGGCUGGUGGAUUCUCCUCUGCCAGCUGGUGUUCCUAAGCUUAGUUAUCACUUUACAUCAUCACACAAGUAUGUUCCCAGACGGGCUGUGCUGUAUGUACCUGCGGAUGAUGAAAAGAAGAUAAGAAAAAUCCCAUCACUAAAUGUAGAUUGUGCAGUGUUGGACUGUGAAGAUGGUGUGGCUCUGAACAGAAAGAGCAAAGCAAGACUGACCAUCGUGAAAAUGCUUGAAGAGUUUGACUUUGGCCAUGCUGAAAAGUGUGUCAGGAUAAACUCUGUGUCCAGCGGUCUUGCAGAAGAAGAUUUAGAGGUUAUUUUGCAAUCCAAGACCCUUCCUUCAAGCAUGAUGCUGCCAAAGGUUGAAAAUGUUGAAGAAAUAAGAUGGUUUUCAGACAAAUUCUUACAUCACCUUAAGGGCCGAACACUUGUAGAGCCAAUGAAUUUUAUCCCCUUUGUGGAAACUGCAAUGGGCUUGCUCAAUUUUAAGGCUGUCUGUGAAGAAGCACUGAGAACAGGAUCCCAGGCUGGCUUUCAUUUGGAUGCAGUUGUCUUUGGAGGAGAGGAUUUCCGUGCCAGCAUAGGUGCAACAAGCAGUAAGGAAACUCACGAUAUUCUAUAUGCCAGGCAAAAAAUAAUAGUGACAGCAAAGGCAUUUGGCCUUCAAGCAAUAGACCUUGUUUACAUUGAUUUCCACGAUGAAGAUGGGCUCCGCAGGCAGUCGAGGGAAGGUGCCUCAAUGGGAUUCACUGGUAAGCAGGUGAUUCACCCCAACCAAAUCGCUGUUGUCCAGGAACAGUUCUCUCCGAGCCCUGAAAAAAUAAAGUGGGCACAAGAACUGAUUUCUGCUUUUGAAGAACAUCAGCGAUUAGGCAAGGGAGCGUUUACUUUCCGAGGGAGCAUGAUCGACAUGCCAUUACUGAAGCAGGCACAGAACAUUGUUACACUUGCCACAGCCAUCAAGAAAAAAUGAGCUGAUCUGUCAUAGUUUGCUUGCCGGAAUUGCUGAUUACUAAAACUAUUCCCAACUCAAGCCACUGCUCGUUCCUGCAUGGCCCAUGUUCUAGUCAUAGCCUGCAAUGAAGUUACAUCACCAAAUCUGUGACAUCACAGUAAUUACUACAAAUGUGGGAUUAUGACUACAUUGAAGGAGAAAGGCAAAAUAUAAGCCCUGAGCCCUGUUAAAGGAGCAGAUGGAAACUAAUUCAAUUGUUUAUAUUUUUUUCUGUGCUUCUUCCCGCUCUGAUGCAGAAGUCCUGGCGGAAAGGAGAAAACUCGAAUAAUUACGCACCAGUUGAAAUAACUGCAAUGACAAUCUUUACCCUGUGUGAGCUUUGCUUUCCCCCCGACACCGCCCUUCUGUAAAUGUGCAACAGCCAUUAAAAAUAAUGCUCCAACAA